AUGACAAUGGAAACCUUCUGUUUCUCCACCUCUCACUUAUCCAUACAGACCAACACCACCAUUUUCUCCUCCAAACACCACCCGCCCUCCGCCGCUACUACCACCACCGUCUCCUUCUCUCUCAAACCGCCCUCGGACUCCAACAACUCCGCCACCCCUCGCCGCCCCUCCAAACCCCUCAAAACCACUCCAACUUCAAACCCCCUCGCCAACAAGCUAUGGCUCACAAGCAAACUCUCCCCUCCCCCUCCUCCUCCUCCUCCUCCUCCCCCACCUCCGCCGCCACCGCCCCUAGUCGAAACCGAGACCGUCGCGGAAGAUAGCGGAGGCAAUGAAGGCUCGAAUUCCGACUCCCAAAUCGAUUUCCGGCAGCCGGGGAAGAUAUUCGUGGGGAACCUUCCGGCGUGGGUGAAGAAGCCCCAGGUGGCGGAGUUCUUCCGGCAAUUCGGGGCGAUACGGAGCGUGAUUGUGAUCAAGGGGCACCACGAGACCGAGCGGAACGCGGGGUUCGCGUUCGUCAUAUACGAGGGGGAGGACGAGGCGGCGGACAAGGCGGCGAUGCGGGCGGUGGAGUUCGACGGCGUGGAGUUCCAUGGGAGAGUGCUGACGGUGAAGCUGGACGACGGGAAGAGGAUGCGGGAGAAGAGUCAAGAGCGGGCGCGGUGGUUGAAAGGGAAUGGGGACAAGGGAGAGUAUCCGUCCACAUGGCACGAGGAGAGGGACGGAUCGAGGAAGGGGUUCCAGAAAGUUCUGGAAACCCAGCCUGAGAAUUGGCAGGCCGUUGUGACAGCCUUCGAGAGAAUUAAGAAGCCUGCUAGAAAAGAAUAUGGUUUAAUGGUUAAAUAUUAUGCACGACGAGGAGACAUGCAUCAUGCACGACAAACAUUUGAGAGUAUGAGAGCAAGGGGAAUAGAGCCUUCUUCACAUGUGUACAGUAGUCUGAUUCAUGCUUAUGCAGUUGGUAGAGACAUGGAAGAAGCUUUACAUUGUGUUAGAAAGAUGAAGGACGAGGGCAUUGAAAUGACUAUAGUGACAUACAGUAUAAUCGUGGGAGGAUUUGCUAGAAUGGGCAAUGCCGAUGCUGCAGAUCGCUGGUUUAAGGAGGCCAAGGAGAGACUCCCAUCUUUGAAUGCUGUCAUUUAUGGGAGCAUAAUUUAUGCACACUGUCAAACAUGCAAUAUGGAUCGAGCUGAAGCCUUGGUCAGGGAGAUGGAAGAACAAGGGAUAGAUGCUCCCAUUGACAUAUAUCAUACCAUGAUGGAUGGCUAUACAAUGAUUGGUAAUGAAGAAAAAUGCUUGAUUGUGUUUGACAGACUAAAGGAAUGUGGUUUCUCUCCCUCAGUUGUCAGCUAUGGUUGUCUUAUUAAUCUUUACACCAAGAUAGGGAAAGUUUCUAAAGCAUUGGAGAUAAGCAAAAUGAUGAAAAUGAGUGGCAUAGAACAUAACAUGAAGACAUACUCUAUGUUGAUCAAUGGAUUCUUGAAGUUAAAAGAUUGGGCUAAUGCAUUCUCCAUUUUUGAAGACUUCACUAAAGAUGGUUUGAAGCCCGAUGUAGUUCUAUACAAUAACAUUGUAACAGCUUUUUGUGGAAUGGGUAAUAUGGAUCGUGCCAUUCAUAUGGUGAAGCAAAUGCAGAAGGAGAGGCAUAGACCUACCACGCGCACAUUUUUGCCCAUUAUACAUGGUUUUGCAAAAGCUGGUGAGAUGAGGAGAGCCCUGGAGAUAUUUGAUAUGAUGAGGAGGAGUGGCUGCAUUCCCACUGUACACACGUAUAAUGCUCUGAUUCUUGGCCUUGUUGAGAAGCGGCAGAUUGCCAAAGCUGUAGCAAUAUUGGAUGAAAUGAAUCUGGCAGGCGUGGGACCAAAUGAACAUACAUAUACAACUCUUAUGCAAGGUUAUGCUUCACUGGGUGAUACUGAAAAGGCCUUUCAGUACUUUACAGCGUUGAGGAAUGAGGGUCUGGAGAUUGAUGUCUAUACCUAUGAAGCAUUGUUGAAGGCAUGUUGCAAGGCAGGCAGAAUGCAGAGUGCCCUUGCAGUCACAAAAGAAAUGACUGCAAAAAAGAUUCCAAGAAACACUUUUGUCUACAACAUACUAAUUGAUGGCUGGGCUCGGAGAGGUGAUGUUUGGGAGGCUGCAGACUUGAUGCAACAAAUGAGAAAAGAUGGAGUUCGACCAGACAUCCACACCUACACGUCUUUUAUAAAUGCAUGUUGUAAAGCUGGGGAUAUGCAGAAAGCAACUGAAAUUGUCCAAGAAAUGGAAGCAUCUGGUAUAAAACCAAACCUAAAAACCUACACCACUCUAAUAAAUGGUUGGGCACGUGCUUCUAUGCCUGAGAAGGCUUUAAGUUGCUUUGAAGAGAUGAAACUAGCUGGAUUGAAACCAGACAAAGCAGUGUACCAUUGUCUUGUGACAUCUUUGUUAUCAAGAGCCACCUUUGCUCAAUCAUACGCUUAUACUGGCCUCUUGGCUGUGUGUGGAGAGAUGAUAAGGUCUGAGGUGACUGUUGACAUGGGAACUGCGGUUCAUUGGUCUAGAUGUUUACGCAAGAUUGAGAGAACAGGAGGGCAACUAACAGAAGCCCUACAAAAGACCUUUCCUCCUGAUUGGACCUCACAUAAUGUUCUUGAUGUCAAUAGGGAAACAGAAACUGCAGAUCUUGACAUUGAUGACGAAGAAGAUGACUAUGAUGAUGACCAUGAUGUACAUUAUAACGUCAGUGUAAUUAAUAAUGAUGAUGACACUGAUAAUGAAAUUAAUAAUGAUGAUGAUACUGAAGAUGAGGAUUAUGAGAGUAAGAGUAAGAGGGUUUCAUUGAAGAAGAAGUACAAGGUUAUAAGGAAGGUCAAAGAACACAACAGAAAAAAAGCGAAGGAAGCGAAGAAGCUUCGGUUGAGUGGGAAGAAGAAGGUUGAGAAGGAUCCCGGUAUUCCCAACGAUUGGCCCUUCAAGGAACAGGAACUCAAAGCCCUUGAAGCUCGAAGAGCGAAGGCCAUUGAGGAAUUGGAGCAAAAGAAAGCUGAGCGCAAGGAGAGGGCACGUAAAAGGAAAUUGGGUUUGCUAGAGGAAGAUGACUCUCAGCUGCCAGAGGAUUCUAAAAAAAAUAAAAAUGAUUUUGCUACCGCAGGGAAGACAAGAGAUAGCUCAGAUAGAGCCUUUUACAAGGAUCUGGUUAAGGUCAUUGAAGCCUCUGAUGUCUUACUGGAGGUCCUUGAUGCCCGUGAUCCCUUGGGGACUCGUUGUCCAGAGAUAGAGAACAUGGUGAUGAAAUCGGGGCCUGAUAAACGUCUCGUCUUGCUUUUAAAUAAAAUUGAUCUUGUGCCCAAAGAAGCUUUAGAAAAGUGGCUCAAGUACCUUAGAGAAGAGUUACCUACCGUGGCCUUCAAAUGCAGUACACAGCAACAAAGAUCAAACUUAGGGUGGAAAUCUUCUAAGAAAGCCAAAUCAAGUGAUAUUCUGCAAUUAAGUGAUUGUCUUGGAGCUGAUACUCUCCUCAAAUUGUUGAAGAAUUACUCAAGAAGUCAUGAGAUCAAAAAGUCCAUCACUGUCGGUUUGAUUGGCUUGCCCAAUGUUGGAAAGAGUAGUCUUAUUAAUAGCUUAAAGAGAUGUCAUGUUGUCAAUGUUGGUUCUACUCCUGGGUUAACAAGAUCAAUGCAAGAGGUUCAGUUGGACAAAAAUGUUAAGUUGCUGGAUUGCCCUGGUGUUGUUAUGCUGAAGUCUCAAGAAAAUGAUGCUUCCAUUGCUUUAAAAAAUUGCAAGAGGAUUGAGAAGUUAGAUGAUCCAAUUAGCCCAGUUAAGGAAAUUCUCAAGCUCUGUCUGCCUGAGCAGCUGGUAACUCUGUACAAAAUUCCCAGUUUCAAUUUAGGUGAUGCUGAUGAUUUUCUGCGGAAGGUAGCUACAGUUAGGGGCAAACUCAAGAAGGGUGGAAUAGUUGACGUCGAUGCUGCUGCAAGAAUCGUUCUUCAUGAUUGGAAUGAGGGUAAAAUUCAGUAUUAUACCAUGCCUCCAAAUAGGGAUCAAGGGGAACCUUCAGAUGUGAAGAUAGUUUCUGAAUUUGCGAAAGAGUUUAACAUUGAUGAAGUCUACGACCAUGAAUCUUCAUUUAUUGGGAGCCUUAAAUCUGUUGAUGACUUCAAUGCUGUUGAAGUACCUUCAAGUCACCCUCUUAAUCUUGCUGAGACAAUGUUGGAGGACGACACACAAAUGAAGUCAGCUGACCAAGGCGAAGGUCCCGGAAAGGUGGCUGAUGUGGAUGAAUCCAUGGAAGAUGAUGAUGUUGGGGAGAACAAGGAUAGCAGCAGUGCGGCCAGUAGGCAAAAUGAAAAGUUAUAUACUGCGGACGGUAUGCUUAAUACAAAACUGAAGCGAGCAGAGAAGAAGAAAAGAAAAAAGGCUAAAAAAGCUUUAGCCUCUUCGGAUUCCAUGGAUGAUGAUUAUGAUUUCAAAACUGAUUACUUUAAAAAAGAAGCCUCAAUGGAUGCUGAAGAUAGCCAGAGUGAGGAUGAUGAUGAACAAGUCAACACUGAAGUGCCUAUGUCUGAUGCAAUCCAAGUCCAAGCUGACAAAAGUUUCCUCUGCAUCUACUCGUUCAUGCAGGUACACCACACUGUUUCUUUGGACCCAAAUGCAUCACACCACCGCCACCAAGGUUAUAUUACUUCAUAUCAUCCUUAA